AUGCUCACGCCGUACAUGAACUCUGUACCUGCCGUGAUCGCCAAGGCAUCCGCCAUCCACAACCCCAUAAUCUACGCCAUCACUCACCCAAAAUACAGGUAUGCGGGGGCUGGCUGUGAGUUAUAUGCAUUCUGCGGUGCUCUGUUUGGCAUCUGCUCUAUGAUCACACUCAUGAUUAUUGCAGUGGAUCGAUACAUUGUCAUCACUCGCCCUCUGGCUUCCAUUGGCGUUAUGUCACGCAAACGCGCCCUGGUCAUACUCGCCGCUGCGUGGCUUUACUCAAUGUGCUGGAGUCUGCCUCCUUUCUUCGGAUGGAGUGCAUAUGUUCCUGAAGGUCUGCUGACUUCAUGUUCGUGGGAUUACAUGACCUUCAGUCCAUCUGUACGCGCUUACACCAUGUUGCUCUUUAUCUUUGUGUUCUUCAUUCCCCUCUUUGUCAUCAUGUACUGCUACAUCUUCAUCUUCCGGGCCAUCCGUGAUACCAACAGAGCUGUGGGAAAAAUCAAUGGAGAAGGAGGAUCCAAAGACUCGAUCAAGAAAUUCCACCGGAUGAAGAAUGAAUGGAAGAUGGCAAAGAUAGCACUCAUAGUCAUCUUGUUGUAUGUCAUCUCCUGGUCUCCUUACUCAUGCGUGGCACUCACAGCUUUUGCAGGGUGA